AUGGCUCCUCUUAACUCCAUCCUUCUUGCUUUUUUCUCGUUUUUAUCCGCCGCUCAGGCGAGUGCAAUCCCGCUUCUCAACGGAUACCACCGAUACUCGGCUCGAAACAGCAACCUCCAAUGGUCCGAUUGUAGUGUGGGCCUUCCAGGUCGAGAGUGUACUCGCUUCGAGGUACCUCUUGACUGGCACAAUGACACGGCUGGCAAGGCGUCAUUGGCAGUUAUCCGGUAUCCAGCGACGAAGCAGCCGAAGCUUGGUACGCUGUUUAUGAAUCCAGGCGGACCAGGUGGGAGUGGACUACAGACGGUUCAAGGGCCAGACGGGGAUGUCAUAAUGGAACAUGCUGGAGGGAACUACGACCUCGUUAGCUGGGAUCCUCGUGGAGUGGGGCAGACUGUUCCGCGCACUGCCUGCUUCGAAACAAAAGCCGAGGAGGAUGCCUUUUGGAACGGCUCCAUACUCAAAGCAUUUCGACUAGAGGUUAGAGGCAACUUUACCUCUCAGACCGACUUGGACGCCUUUUACUCAAAACUCAACGAGUCCGACACAUUGGCACAAAGAAUCGGAGAACAAUGCGUCACGCAUAGUCCCAAUACCUUCCAGUACAUUGGGACAGCCGCUACAGUGCGGGACAUGGUGGCCAUGCAUGAUGUACUUGAAGGCUCGGAGAAAAUCAAUUUCUGGGGCAUGUCGUAUGGGACCGUUGUUGGGGCAUACUUUGUCAAUAUGUUCCCGGAUCGAGUGGGACGUGUCAUACUUGAUGGAGUUGUUGAUCCAGUUUACUGGGCAAAUCGUCCAGCUCACGAGUGGCUCGGAAACGUUUUUGAAUCUACCGAGGCAGCAUUUGAUGGGUUUGCAAAAGAGUGUGCCAAUGCGGGCCCUUCUCAUUGUGCUAUCGCGGAGCAAAACUCUACCGCAUCCAGCGUUCGCCAGUGGACUCUUGAUUUGAUAGACAGUGCCUAUGACUACGGGCAAGAAAUUGGCCCCUCAGCGCAACUUAAUUCUUCAUUGAUUCGCGGCCUGCUUUUCAGUCAACUUUACCGGCCACAAAACUGGACAACUCUAUCUCAAAUACUAUACGAAUUUAAGGUGGCACUUGAUAACCCAGCUUCUUUGAACACAACCCAAGCCAAGAGGUGGUUGCAAUUGCCUGAUUCAAUCGACCCGAUUGACAAUAAGCUCCGCCCACGUCAAGAACCGACUAGCGACGAAACGAAUUUGGCCUAUGCUUAUGACUAUGAAGGCAUUGCGUGCGGCGACGCUCAGGAUCCAGGAGAUGCAACAACUAAGGACGUAUUUGACAUUGUCGUAAAUGUUACGCAUCGCAUUAGCCCUACUUUUGGCCCCGCUGGUGUGGAACGGUUAAGUAGGCCACUUUGCCACCGCUGGCCCGUCCGUGCUGUUGAGCGUUAUACCGGUCCAUGGAACAAGACGCUAUCCAACUCCAUCUUGGUGAUCGGUAAUGAGGCAGACCCUGUCACGCCUUAUCUUAACGCGAAAAGCGUCGCAGACGCCUUUGGGGGCUCAGCUGUUCUGAUUGAACAGGCUGGCUACGGACAUGUCUCGAGAAGGAUGCCUUCAAACUGCACUAUUUCUGCAGUUCAGAAGUACCUGAUACACAAUGAGCUUCCAAAACAGGACAAUUUCUGCGAGCAACGUUAUUUGGGCGCUGACUCGGAAAUGUAUGCAUUUGGGCCUGAAGUCUUGGAUCAGCUCUGGCAAUCACACCUCGAUCAAUUUCAGCGUCUAGGAAACCUGGAUGACAUCGAAAAGGCAAUUGACUAUGUAACUCGUGCACUCCUGCUGACCCCAGUUGGCCAUCCGAGUCUACCAAGGCGCCUGACUGGGCUCGGAGUUUGCUAUGACAGUCGGUUUCAGAGAAUUGGAGAUCUGGAUGACAUGGAGAAGUCGAUUGAAUGUGAUAUUCGCGCACUUUCAUUGACCCCCGCCGGACAUCCAGACUUGCCAGCUGCGACGUCUGGGCGAGAUUACCGACCUCGAGAAGCAAUCGAAUGCGAUACUCGCGCACUCGCGCUCACACCCCACAAUCACCCAGAGCUGCCAGACAGACAUGCUGCUCUAGGAGUGGCCUACGGUGAUCGAUAUCAGCGCCUAGGCGAGCUUGGAGACCUCGAGAAAUCGAUUGAUUACGAAGCUCGCGCGCUCGCACUUACUCCCGAUGGCCAUCAAGACCUGCCAUACCGACACGCCAAUCUAGGGGUAUCUUACAACCACCGGUAUCAACGUCUGGGUGAACUUGACGACCUUCAGAAAUCAGUCGAAUUCAACUCCCGUGCACUCGCCCUGACUCCCGAUGGACAUCCGAACUUAUCAGACAGGCAUGCGGCUCUGGGAGUAUCAUAUACUAAUCGCUAUCGACGCCUCGGUAACCUCGAUGAUCUUGAAAAGGCAAUCAAAUGUGACUCUCGCGCGCUUGAACUCACCCCCGAUGGUCAUCCAUCCUUACCGAAAAGGCAAGCAGCUCUAGGGACCCCAUACAUUGAUCGAUAUCGACGCUUGGGUGAUCUCGAUGACCUUUCAGCGGCAAUCAAAUGCUUUUCCCGUGCGCUUGAGUUAACUCCCGAUGGACAUCCAGACAUGCCACACCGGCAUACCUCUCUAGGAGUAUCGUAUAGUGACCGAUAUCAACGUCUCGGUGAACUUAGUGACCUCAAUAAAGCAAUAGAAUCCUUCUCUCGCGCACUCGCACUCACCCCCGAGAGCCAUCCAGACUUGCCUCAUCGUCUUGUUAGCUUAGGAGGGGCGUACGGUGAUCGAUAUCGAAGACAGGGAGGACUUAGUGAUCUCGCGGAAGCAAUUGAAAUCUUCUCUCGAGCACUCAAGCUCACCCCCAACGACCAUCCGGACUUGCCUACACGACAUGCUAGUCUAGGAGCGUCAUAUGGCGAUCGGUAUCAGCGGCUAGGCGAAUUAAAUGACCUUGAGGAAUCAAUCGAACACAAAUCCCGCGCACUUGUACUUACUCCCGACGACCACCUAGACUUACCAGCCCGGUAUGCUGCUCUGGGCGUCUCCUAUGGUUUUCGAUACCAGCGCUUGGGUGAGCUGGGCGACCUCAAUAAAUCAAUUGAAUACAGGUCUCGCGCACUCACACUCACUCCAGAAGGCCAUCCAGACUUAUCAGAAAGGCAUGCUAAUCUAGGAGCAUCAUACGGCGAUCGAUAUAGGCGUUUGGGCGAGUUUAAUGAUUUUGAGCAGUCAAUCAAAUACAAGUUUCGUGCACUUGCUCUCACUCCUGAUGGUCACCCGGAUUUGCCAGCUCGAUAUACCGCCCUGGGAGCAUCUUACACUGACCGAUAUCAAAGACUGGGAGACCUGGAAGACCUGAAGCAAGUGAUAGAAUAUUAUUCUCGCUCGCUUGCUCUCACCCCCGAAGGACACCCAGAUUUACCGCGUCGAUAUGCCGGUCUAGGAAGGUCUUUUAAUGAUCGGUAUCGACGUCUUGGCGAACUCGGUGAUCUCAAUAAAUCAAUCGAAUGCAACCUUAAGGCACUUAAUCUGACCCCAGAAGAACAUCCCGACCUAUCUUUGCGCCACUUCAACUGGGCCGUAACCUGUCACGACCAAUACCAGUACACAGGAGACCCUUCUCAUUUAGCCACAUCAUUGGACUCCUUCCGAAAGGGAUCUCAACUCCUUUCCGGCGCACCGCGCAAUGUAUUCGAGUGCGCUCUUCGCUGGGCUAAUCUUGCAUCCAAGCAUAGCUACCUCAACCGUAUCGAGGCUUUCCGUGCAACAAUUGAGCUUCUUCCUCAUUUUAUCUGGCUGGGGGCCACUACUACCCAGCGAUACCAAGACCUGAUGCUAGCUGAGAACUUGGCCGUAAGAGCUGCGUCUGCCGCAAUCCUCGCCGCAGAGUACAGCCUCGCGCUAGAAUGGUUGGAACAUGCGAGAUGUGUCGUAUGGAACCAGACCCUCAUGCUUCGCUCCCCCCUUGACGAUCUCGAAUCAACCUAUCCAGAGCUUGCCACUAAGCUUCGGUCGGUCUCUCAGCAGCUGCACCAUGCCAGCUCUGAGGAAUCAACAUCACUGGCCACAGAUACACCGGAGCACCGGCAUCGUCUAGCCAGGAAUUAUAGCGAACUAAUAGCCCAGGCACGUCAAAUACCUGGCUUUGAGGAUUUUCUUCGACCGAAACAAUUAAACGGUCUACUGCAAGCUGCUCGCAAUGGACCCAUUGCUAUAAUCAAUUGUCAUGAAUCUCAAUGCGACGCUCUACUUAUUUUACCUGGACGCGAUCACGCACGAGAUGCUCGCUUAGAAGUAGAAAAAAUGUUGGGAUAUAAGGGGCUCCGAGAGCGCAGGCCUAUGACUGAGGAAGUAGAAGAACUCAACCCAAAUAUUGGACCUAUGCUUGCGGAUCUCUGGUAUAACAUUGUCAAGCCAGUACUUGAAUAUAUGGGAUACAUAAAUGAUACCCGAACCGAGGACAUCCCACAUAUCACAUGGUGUCCCACUGGUGCAAUAUCCUUUCUGCCUCUACACGCGGCUGGCGACUACGACCAGCCACAGUCAAGAGUUUUCAACCAUGUCAUAUCUUCAUACACUCCCACACUUGCUGCUCUACUUGCAUCGACUUCCUCUGAACUGAAUCGUACACCCAAGAUACUCGCUAUUGGUCAAGAGGAUACGCCUGGCCACAGUUCAUUACCCGGCACCAUGAGGGAAAUCGAACACAUUAAGGCUCACACAGACGGCAAAACCACGUACUCGCAACUAGUGGGCGGCAACGCGACCACCAUAACCGUCCUUGACGCAAUGGACCAACACGACUGGGUACACCUCGCUUGCCACGCCCACCAAAAUGCCAGCGAGCCCACCAAAAGUGGGUUCUUCCUGUACGACGGCACGCUCGAACUUUCGGCCAUCAACCAACGAUCUUUCAGAAACAAAGGGCUCGCUUUCCUGUCUGCUUGCCAGACUGCGACUGGAGAUGAAAAGUUGCCCGACGAGGCAAUACAUCUGGCGUCGGGCAUGUUAAUGGCUGGCUAUUCGAGUGUGAUCGCGACUCUGUGGUCUGUGAUGGACGAUGAUGCACCGUUUGUGGCUGACAAGGUAUAUGCGCAGCUGUUGAAGGAUGGGAAAAUCGGGAACGGGGAGGCAGGAAAGGCACUACAUCAUGCUGUUGGAGCGCUGCGUGAGAGGGUUGGGGAGAGAGAGUUUGGACGAUGGGUUCCUUAUAUACAUAUAGGCUCGUAA